AUGGCUGCCUGGCUGCUGCCUGGCCUCCCCGACCCCAAGGUGGUGGAGCACAGAGGAAGGGGCGGCCCCGCGCAGCCCCGCGCAGAGGCCCAGGCUGGGCCGGCCGUGGGGCUGCCAACCGACUGGGAGUCUCUCGACGUGGCAUUGCACAACCAGUGGCUGGAUGGCCCUUCUCUGGUCUACCCGUUGCGGGGCCUCAGUUUGCCCCAGGUCAAGGUGAACCUUGAGGAAGCUUCCUCUCAGAGCCCAAGGGGUGGCCAGCGGGGUGGAGGCCAGCGAGGUGGCGGUAACAGGCGCAUCAUCGUGGCUCCCGUGGAACUUCGCAGUUCGGGGGGUGUGAGCACCUUUUCGGCAGCUACAAAGGGGUUCCAAGGGGCGCCCUUCGGGGUGCAGAGCCACAGGUUUGAUGUCUCCGCCGUUUAUCCCAACCGGAAGAAGUACAGCAGCUUCACGGAGGUCCCGUACUCCCGGACUCACUCUGUGGACGUGUCCCACAUAGGCCCUGGGACCUACAGCAUCGAGGAGACCUGCUUCAGCAGCAAGAAGCUAAAGAAGGAGGUGGGCACAGGCUGGGCCCGGGCCCAGGAGGCUGCCCGGCUCACCCAGCUGCCCCACUUCCGGUAUGAGGCCCUCUUGAAAGAGAGGCAGCUGCAGGUGCAGAAGCUGGGGCCCGGCUCCUACAACUUCAAAGACUUCCUGGAGGAGCUGCGGCAGAAGCCGUGCAGCACUCGGGGGCUGCUUAGCUCUGGGGAGACCCGCUUCUCUGGACUCGUUGGGAACUACUACCCAGGCCCUGGGAAUUAUGGAGAGAAGGGCAACCCAUACACGCGGCUGGAGGAGAAGGCCUGGAACCGGUCCCAUUCCGAGGGCCUCAUAUGCAAGAUGUCCAGCAAGCCUCCCCCCAUGCCUCAUCAGGGGAGCGGCCUGGGACCCAACACCUACUCCAUCAAAAGCAGCAUCGAGGAGUACCUGGCUCGCUCUGCAGGCACCCGAGGGCCCUACGACACAUUCUCUGGCGACAGAAGCAAGCCCCUGCCUUAUGGACAUUACUCUGAGCAGAAAAAAAAGCCCAGGGAGUUGAUGAAUUUCAAGAGUUUUGUGGAAGAACUUAACUCCCCUCACAAGAAGAAGCAUGGGGUGUUUUCAAAAGUUCCCAGGAACCCGGAUCCGCCCCCAGAGAGGAUAUACUGGUCUACGCUUAGCCAGUGUCCUCGGAAGCUAGCCACUUCUGGUCCGGGUUCCUGGCUUCCUCAGGAGACAGAAUGCAAGCAUGUGAACCGGCCACCGUUCCUCUUGGCCUCCAAGCGGUCAGGUGUAAGGGCUUACCAGAUAAUUCCGGGGAUCUGGAACCCAGUAGGGGUAGGCCGCUACCUCAACACCACGCGGAUGGAGACCAAGGACACGCGGCAACGGUACCGGUCCCUGUACUUGGGUGCAUCUAAGCGCUACCCUGCAGACCCGGCCUGGGACAAGAUCCUGAAGGAAAGGAUUACACCUGUUACGAAGGGGAAGUGCCUUCCAACUGUGGAUUAUAAUUCAGAUUACACUCCUUAGAGCUUCAUGGCAAGAACAACCUGUGACCCAAAGCCCAAAGACAAAUGUGGUGGGAGCUUGGGAGUGGGAUUCUUGGGGAUGGAUGUUUGAUGCCUGGAAAGGGAGGAGAUGUGAAGGGGUCACCUUGGCUGGAGUCAUAGACUAGAGGUUACAGUGUUUGUUGGGACAGCUAGGGAUGUAUGAAUUUUGUUACAAGAGAUCAGUUGUCCUGAGAAUUCCAAUUAGCCAGUGACAUGAGUGUGGGAGCACCGACAGCAGGUGGACCCACAUAUUGGAAUAUGAGUGUCCCCAAAAUCCUUCCUACCAUAAAGCCAGAGUGCUGGGUAACCUCUCAUUAAAGUCCAAAAGGCAGUGGGAGAGUGCAGCCUAUGUCAUAUAUAGCCCGGGACCCCUCCCUGAACACCCCAGCUCCUCCUCAUGCUCUCUGGAGACUCAGCGGACCCCAGCCUAAGAGGACAUGCUGACAUCCCUGUUGUGUCCAGUCGUUGGAAACAACUGGUAGCUCUGCCUCCAGAGCCCAGUGUGGCCCAAAGGUGGGCCUGGGGAGGUUGGGGAGCACAUCUGGUUUCUUUCAUCAGUGCUUCUCAUCAGCAAGAGAUUGGGUGGGAGGGGCAGUGAGCUGUCCCUAGAGAGGAAGAGACUGGGACCUCACAGUUUCAAUCACAAAACUUGUAAAAUAAUAAAAAAAUACUUCAACCACU